AUGUUCACUCGUCAAAUCGUCAACUCGGCCCGCGCCUUCGUCUACGCCCCAAUCCCAACUUACGGCAUUGCUGGUUCUUACGCCGCUGCCCUUUACUCCGCCGCCAAGAAGGGUGGUGACCAGGCUGGUGUCCAGGCCGAUGUCCAGAACGUCGCUGCUGCUUUCGCCGCCAAGCAGGAAGUCGCUGACUUCUUCGCCAACCCCUGCAUCUCCGCUGGCCAGAAGAUCUCCGCCCUCUCCGCCGUCGGUGGAGAAGCUGGCUUCUCCCAGACCACUGUCGGUCUCUUCGAGGCUCUCUGCGAGAACAACCGAAUGAACCUUUUCUCCGAAGUCGCCGAGGUCUACGCCCGAAUCCUCCAGGCCGAAGCUGGUGAAGUCCCAGUUGAGAUUGCCUCCGCCAUCGAGCUCACUUCCGAACAGAAAGCCGAAGUCGCCGAAGCCGUCGCUUCCAUGCUCGGAAACCAGACCCCCGUCAUCUCUUCCUCCGUCGACAGCUCCCUUCUCGGUGGCAUGACCGUCGCUCUCGGAGACAAGUACACCGACAUGAAGUUCAUCGACAUGUCCGUCGCCAACAAAGUCAAGAAAUACACCGAUCUCCUCCGACAGAACGCCUAA